AUGAAGCUCCGUGAGCUAGCGAGACCCCUUCUUUUCUGUCAAGUUAAUUCUGGAGCUUCAGCUUUAUUUUGGCAUGAUGAUUGGACCACGCUAGGACCGUUGAUUGACAUCACAGGAGCAAAUGGUCCAAGAGUUUCGGGGAUCAAUAGGAUGGCAACGGUUAGUCAGGCCUGUCGGGGAAGUAAUUGGGUUCUCCCUCGAGGAAGACAUCCUAUAAUCACGCUUCUCCGAGAUUGUCUACCUCCAUCUUUGCAUGCUUCGCUCAAUGACAGACCGGAUCUAUUUCUUUGGAGGAAUUCCAUAAAUGCGCCUCCGGGGAUCUUCUCUUCAUCAAAAACAUGGAAAUUACUCCAUCCAUCCCCUCCCCCUCAGUCAUGGACCAAAUCAGUUUGGCUCAAACAUAGAAUUCCCAAACACGCAUUCAUUCUUUGGUUGGUCAUGCGAGAUCGUCUCCUUACUCAUGAUCGCCUGCGGUCUUGGGGACUUUCUGUCCCGAGUAACUGCUUGCUUUGUGAUAACUAUUCGGAGAGCAAAAUUCAUCUGCUUAUUGACUGUGCUUACUCGAAGGAGAUUUGGAAUGCCUUCUUUGCGACACCUCUAUUUAAGCUUCCGACCUCUGUUGAGGGAAUCAUUCUUUGGUGCAAAUCACCAUCCUCCGACCCCAAGCUAAAUACAAUAUGCAUGAUGCUAACUCAGGCAAUUAUCUAUUGUAUUUGGAGAGAGAGGAAUGGAAGACUUCAUUCAGCCAACCCAAGACCAGUGCAUCUAUUGAUCAAGGAAAUUCAGAUGCUUAUUAAAGCAAACCUCUUUGGCAUGGACAGAUCCAUCCUUCCCAUCUCGGCAAACUCUCCGACCCAACCGCAUUCGACUACUGACUCUUUCUUAUCAACUUGGUUCCGCCACUUUCAAAAUUAA